AUGGGCCACGCCAGUCGGAUUAUGCUUCCCUCCGGCUCUGAGUCAGGGUACUCAAUAGGGGAUAGUCCUGCACCAUCGCCACGUGAAGGUCCCAACAGCUCAAUCGCACCCGGCCUGGUCAGCUUCAGUAGCCUCGAAUUAGUUUGGAUUGCAAGCGCCCCCCUGUCCCCUCGCUACUCCACUCUGGGAAUAAUGACGGGGUUAAAGGAGACCUUAGCAAUUGACAUCAGCAAUCGUAUCGCCCUAACCGGCCCGUCGAUCGAUACCAACACUUCUUUUCGCGAGCCACGAGAGGAAUAG